CGCGGUUAUGGAGAUCGAACAUGACCGAAGCCUGUUUUUCCAAGGCCUAGGCUAUACCUGGUUAUUUGGCACUGUACGUAGGCCUAGGUCAAGCACACUUCAGAUUGUCAGGAUCCGAAACUGAAUGUUGUUAACCAUUGUACCUAUACCACAUGCUGUGGCUGGAAUGGCGGCGCCAUAUAAUCGAUUAAUUGAUCAAUUGAUUUUAAGAUAAUCCACCAUGACCGAAAACCUGCCAUCAUUCUUCCCAUAUGAAGAAAUAAAACUUUAUAAAAUCUGUGAUGCCAGUAUUGGAUCAGAUAUUUAUCAACUUUUCCAGCUUUGUAUUAAGAAAUUCUUUUCCCAAGACUACAAACUUGCUGAAGAAGUUUGUGAUGAGCUUGUUGAUAUUAUAUGGGAAAGGUUAAACACAGGUCACUGGAGUCAGGUGACUAUUACAUGGAGACAGCUCUAUACAUUGGUAUCACUGAUUAAAGCUGGUGCCAUGCUAGCUCAUGGUCAAGGCAAACCUCAAGAUGCUUUAACUGUGUGUGACCUUGGACUAGUAAUGGGGGCUCCAAUUAUGGACAACAUAUUAAACAGACUAGCAUCUUAUAUACAUACCAAUCUUUUAAAGGACAAACCCAAGCCUCAGGAUUCCAAGAAUUAUGAGGAAUUUAAAACAAAAAAGCAAAAGAUGCACAACAUUAUUAUCAAGCAUCCAAUUCAGCUGGUUGAUUGUCUGUCACUGGAAUCCUUUAAGCGACUUUACAUGGACUCCAAUCAACCAGUAAUAUUUAAUGGCGCGAUGGAUCAUUGGCCGGCAAUGUCAAAUAAUAAGUGGAGUUUAGAUUAUUUAAGGAAGGUAGCUGGAGAAAGACUAGUACCAAUCGAAGUGGGCUCAAGGUAUACAGAUGAUAGUUGGUCUCAAACUCUUAUCACUAUUUCACAAUUCAUCGAUGGCUAUAUUUGUGCAAAAAGCCCAGGUGAAACUGGUUAUCUUGCCCAACAUCAACUAUUUGAUCAGAUUCCUGAAUUAAGAUCUGACAUAUGUAUACCAGACUAUUGCUGCCUUUCAGAGGGGACAGAGGAUGAAGAGCCUGUUAUUAACGCAUGGUUUGGGCCAGAAGGUACCGUGUCACCUUUGCAUUAUGAUCCAAAGCAUAAUUUCCUCGCUCAAGUCGUUGGCGAAAAAUAUGUACGUUUGUAUGAUCCACAAUAUACAGAUGCGCUAUAUCCUCACACAGGGUGUAUCCUGGAAAACACAAGUCAGGUUGAUGUGGAGGCUGUAGAUCAAGAAUCAUAUCCUUUGUUCUCAUCUGCACCAUAUACAGAAUGUGUUUUAAAAUCUGGACAAAUGCUGUACAUCCCUCCUAAGUACUGGCAUUAUAUUAGGUCUUUAGCAACAAGUUUUUCAGUCAGCUUUUGGUGGUCAUAACAAACAGUAUGUUUGUAUGGGAAGUGUAUUGUAAUAGAAUUAGUAGAGUAGAAAUAAGGUUUUAAAAACAUUGAAACAGAAGGUUUUUUUUAACUGAUUUUGGUACAGUUGGAUGUACUGAAAACUAAACCGAAAAGCUAUAAACCGUUCGUACCAACCAGAUUGCGGUAAUAUUGCUGUAAUAUAACGCCUUUUUUUAUGAAUGGAUCACGCACACCGAGACAGUCAUAGAGCCCCGUUGGAGAUUUUGUCCGUUAUUGCAAAAUUUUAAAUCACUGACUGAGGGCUUCCUUUAUUGUUGUUGUUUCUAGAAAAUUGUGCUAAACGCGAAGUACAGUAAAUAUCGUAAUGGCAUCAUCUACAGACGUAAUC